UUGUCACAUGAAACAAAUCCGAAAAUGGCGAAAUUAGUUUGUGACAUUGAACACCGAUAGUUUUUUUACAAAAUAUAUAAUCGUGAACCUACGCACAAUAAUAAUAAUGAUACAAACGUAAUAAUAACAAUAUUUAUAAUGAUUAUAAAAUAAAAGUGAAUGUUUAAAUCUAAAACGCUGAUUAUUUUUAAUACCAUGAAGUCAUCGUCAUUAUUAUUGAGUUUGUGAAAUAAGAACACAAACGCCAAUACCUUAUUUGUCAAGUGUACACCAAACAACUUGGUCCUAUCAAUUUUUAAAUUUUAUCAACGACAAUUUGUUAUCAAUAACAACAAUUGUUAAGUAAAUAAAUAUAUAAAUCAUUUAAUCAACAUGUAACUAAUUCACGUAAUUGUGUCAAUAUUAAUACAUUAUUUUAAUGGACAUGACUGAAAAUCUAGAUCAUUGUAAUGUUUAUAUACAUAAUAUCAAAAGUUUGGUAAUAAAAUUGUAUAUUUAAAUGAGAAAAUAUCACAAGCAUGGCAUUUAGUAACGUUUCAGUCAUGAAAUCAGUGAAAAUAUAUCAAAUGUGAAAUUAUUUUUAUGAUAAUUAUUUUAUGUAAUAUAUCUACACGUUAAUUUAUAGAAUAAAUGAUAAAAUGGAUUAUCCUAUCCAUAAGUGUAUUUUUCAAGGUGACAUUAAGUCACUAAGUACUUUAAUAAGGACACAUGACAUUGCUGAAAAAGAUAAACAUGGUAAUACGCCAUUACAUUUAGCAGUAAUGCUAGGACGAAAAGAAUGUGUUCAAUUAUUACUAGCCCACGGUGCACCUGUAAAAGUUAAAAACGUUGCAGGAUGGAGUCCAUUGGCCGAAGCGAUAAGUUACGGCGAUCGUCAAACAAUAUCAUCAUUAGUAAGAAAACUAAAGCAACAAGCUCGCGAACAAAUGGAAGAAAGGCGACCAAAUUUAGUAUCCGCGUUGCAUAAAAUGGGAGACUUUUACAUGGAAUUAAAGUGGGAUUUUCAAAGCUGGGUACCGUUGGUAUCAAGAAUAUUGCCAUCAGAUAUCUGCAGAAUCCAUAAAAGCGGCGCGUCAAUUCGUAUGGACACGACUCUGGUAGACUUCAAUGACAUGAGAUGGGAACGCGGUGACAUAUCAUUUAUAUUUAACGGCGAUCAAAAACCGAGUAAAUCUCUGACGGUACUUGACAAUAAAGCUAAAUUAUAUCAACGCGUACGUUAUGAAGAAACGGAGCUUGAGAUUGAAGACGAGGUGGAUAUUUUGAUGUCAAGUGAUAUUAUGGCAGCACAAAUGUCAACUAAAAAUAUAACAUUUUCACGUGCUCAGACUGGAUGGAUAUUUCGUGAAGAUAAACGUGAAAUGGUUGGCCCAUUUAAUGCCGAUUUUUAUCAAAUCAACGGGAUGGUACUGGAGAGUCGCAAGAGACGCGAGCAUUUGAGUGAAGAAGAUUUACAAAAAAAUAAAGCCAUCAUGGAAUCAUUGACUAAAGGAAGUUCUCAAGGGUUUACUAAUGGCGAGCCACCAAUUAGACGAGCAUCUUUAAAUCCACCCCCGGAUUCAGAUAUUUCAUGGGAAAUGUAUUUAGAAGCACCAGCAGGAGAGUGCCCACUUUUGGGUAGAAGUCUUGUGUACAAAGAAAGUAGUAAAUCAUUCAAAGCGACAGUCGCAAUGAGUCCUGAUUUCCCAUUGACUGUUGAUAUGCUACUAAAUGUACUGGAAGUUAUUGCGCCCUUUAAACAUUUUAGCAAACUUCGUCAAUUCGUAAGAAUGAAACUACCCCCUGGUUUUCCAGUUAAAAUAGAUAUACCCAUAUUACCAACAGUCACUGCUAAAAUAACAUUUCAAGAAUUUGCAUUUAGAAAUGACAUUAAUCCAGAUUUAUUUCAAGUACCAACGGACUAUUUUGAAGACCCCAUGAGAUUCCCCGACUUAUGACGCUUUGAUACUCUAACAUUAAUUGAGGUCAAUUAUUAUGGCUCAGGUCUGAUUUCACUUUUAGGGGAACGUUUAACAUUGGAAUUUCCGCUUGGAGUAAGCCUUGGUAGUAUUUAUUCCAGUCACUGUGUGCUAUUAAUCGAGUAAUAUAUUAAUUAUCAUUUUCUGCACCCCAGUAAUUAAAAAAAGAACAAAAAAAAAACGUAUACGUGUAACAAAACUUGUAAUUUUUGUCUACUGUCUUUUUAAAAAAUAUUUAACAUCGAUAAUUUUCACACUUAUUAAUUUAUUAUUUUAUUGCAUUCAGAAGAAUAAUUAUUUUGUACUCAGUAUUAAUUACUUAUUUAAUGAGUUUACAAAUUUAUAAAUAAUUUGAGCUACUAACAUAUCAAUUAUUAUUUUAUUACAAAUGAAUCUAAAAAAAUUUUAAACUGUUGUUUAGUUAUGAAAAAUUUUUUAUUAAGUACUUAAUACUGUGUAUAAAAUAAAUAAAUUAAUUAUUAUUUAAAACGAAAUUUAAAUCAAUAGAUAGUUUCUCAGCCACUGCCAAAGCAAAUAAAGUUUCACUUGCUCUUUAUAUACUGACGUAAUAAUUAUUUUAAUUGAAGCUUUAACUGCUUUUUUUAAUUAAAUUGCACCGUUAGCAAUUAAUUAUCAAUGCCUAAAUAUUGAGAUCAAUUAAAAAAUAUCAAUUUUUUUUUUUUUUUUUUUUAACCAGAAAUAUUUCAUUUUUAUACGAAUGCU